GGGGAUCCCGAUCCCCGUAGCUCUGCCAGGUGACUAUCAGUCUCACAGUCUCACUCUGAAAAAUUUUGCAGCUAUGGCUAUGACCACCUUACUCUACCUUCAAUAUCCUCUCUUUCUCCACAAACCCACAAAACCCAUUUCCUCUUCAACUCCAAAGUCCCAAUCCCAAACACAUGGAACAUUGCAAACCAAGCGUACCAAUUGUGGUGCCAUCCAGAACCCGAGGGCCAUGGUGGCUCUAUUAGGAGCGGGUUUGGCACUGACCCUCGUGGGACCCGCCUCAGCUGCGGAGCUACCCUCACUGCAACUCACUGAGCCCACCAACGCUCUCUCCUUGCCCACCUGGGCCGUGCACGUGUCCAGUGUGGUCGAAUGGAUUACAGCAAUGGCUUUGGUGUGGCAAUAUGGGGAGCAAUCCGGGUAUGAAUCUUGGAAAGGACUCUCCUGGGGUAUGGUACCCCUGUUAGGUGGAGCAUUUUGUGCAUGCACAUGGCAUUUCUUUUAUAACUCUGAGUCUCUUGAGGUAUUGGUGGCUCUUCAAGCAGCAUUAACAGUUAUAGGAAACUAAACACAACUUGCUGGAAGCUUCCUUAUUUAUGAUGAAGUUGUUGGAAGUAGUGUCAAGAGUCUGAUGCCAGCAUGCGUUGUUGAGCUGAUCUAAUUGUUUGUUUGAAGCUGUAACUAUGAUAAUGAAAGUUUCCCUUUUGUGCCUGGUGAGCUUUGUCAAUCGAGGGGCUUGACGGACAUGAGCCCUGUACCAUGUAUAUAAGUAACCACUUUUAUAGAAUAUUAUAGAAUUGCCGCAUUUGUAGACUUUCUAAAGUUUAUUAUUUACGUUUUCCCACUGAUCUGGUGUACUUUUGUA